UAACUAAUUGAAUGUUUUGAUAUGGCGUCAUAAACAUAACCUCAAAAAAAGAACAGUUAUGUCUUUUGCGCCUUUUAUUUCGCGCCGAAAUCUCACCAUAGUCUUACAAUUCGUGUCGUUAAAAAGUGCACCUAAACUUGAUUAAGAGUUAAGUAAAUAAUUUAAAAAGAAAAUGCCAAAAUUAAGCUACCCUCAAGCUUUAAUGAGUCAACAAAUGGGGCUAUAUAAUUGGCGAACGUGUGAUAGUGUUAUGAAAAGGUUAGGUUGUUCUGCAAAUGAAGAUUUUUCAUCAACAGAACUUGAAGAUUACAACGUAGAUUCUGUUAAUAGUUGUGAUUCGCCCGUGUUUGCAUGUAAAUUCGCCCAACAACAAGGUUAUGAACACAUUUUAGCAUUAGCUAAUGAAGAUGGUCGAACAGGAAUUUUAGACACCAAAACCAUGGAAAGAACAAGCUCAAAAGUCCAUUAUAACGCUAUUUUCGAUGUAGCAUGGAUGUUUAACCAAAUGAAAUUAGUUACAGCUUCAGGAGAUCACUCUGCAAAAUUAGUUGAUGUCUCAAAUGAUGGUUUAAAAAUAGUCAGGUGGUUCACCGGGCAUAAUAGAUCUGUUAAAACGUUAGCGAUUAAACAAGAUGAUUCCUCAGUGUUUGCUUCUGGGGGUCGAGAUGGAAAAAUACUUUUAUGGGAUACUCGUUCUUGGGAAUCUUGUGCUAAUUUUAUAGCAAAACCAGAUAAAUCAAUUCCUUACGCCCAUUUUAAACAGUCAAAAUUAAAAAAGAAACACACUGAGACCACAUUAUCGGCGUUAAAUUCAGUUACAGGGCUUGCAUUUCAAGAUGAAAACACUUUAAUUUCAUGUGGUGCUGGUGAUGGGAUUAUUAAAUUGUGGGAUUUAAGAAAAACUUAUAAUAAUAAACGUGAUCCUACUCCUAAAAACAUAAUCGUAAAUCCCAUUAAAAAAUCAGGAUCGAGUAAUUUAAUUGUUGAUAAAACCGGAAGUCGCCUCUAUGUUAGUUGUUUAGAUAGCAUUAUUUAUUGUUAUAACAUAUUAACUUGUAAUCCAUCCCCUAUAAUGACAUAUAAAGGUCAUCGAACAAACACUUUUUAUGUCAAAUCAUGUUUAAGUAAUGAUGGGAAUUAUUUAUUAAGCGGAAGUAGUGAUCAAUAUGCCUACAUUUGGAAUGUAAAUUCAUCAGAACCUAUUGUAAGAUUAAGUGGGCACAGAGCUGAAGUGACUUGUGUCGCUUGGUGCCAUAGCGGUGAUACAACUUUAGUAACAUGUGCCGAUGAUUUUCGCCACAAAAUAUGGCGAAUUGGUCCAGAAACGUUUCCGAAUGAUUGGAACGUUGUAGGUAAAGGCCAAGCUGAAGUUUUAACACCAAAAAUACCGAUUAAGCGACCAUUUGAACCAAUCGAAAAUGAAUUAAAAUCGUUCCGAUUAAAAUCAUGCGAGUUUUGUUUAGAUGUAAGUGAUAUGAGACGAUGUGAGAACUGCGGAAGUAAUCAGUUCAAUUUGAAACGAUUAAACACAAGUCCUAAAACUCCCACGAAAAGUAAAAAAUUAAAAUCUCAAAGUGAUCCGAUUUCGGUGCGAUCAUUAUUUGGUAAAAGUGAUGUUAAAAUCGACGAUGUUUUAUUAGAGAAUUUACCGAAUUUUAACGUAGAUGGUUCAGCGCCCCAUUUGCAUCAUUCGCCCCAAAAGAAAAUCGAUCGUGAUUGGUUGACAAAGUUGCGAACUGAAAAACAUAUUUUAAGCCCAACUUCUCCGAGAUGUGAAAGAGAUGAAAGCCCAAGAACGAGAUCGGCUAAGAAGCGAAAAAUGGAAAGAAGCGAAUCACCGCAUAGCCCCCUUUUAAAGUUUUUCCGUGCAACAAAUAAUAGUAUUAUGAAAGAUUCAAAUUGUUGCCUUUCGAAAGCUGGUUUGGUACAAGAAUCGACUAUUAAUACGUAAAAGAUGUGUUUUAAUAUUUUUUUUUUACACGUUUGUUCCUAAUUGGUGUUAUUUAAAGAGAUUCUUAACCCCACUUUUAAAUUUCAAACGAUUUACUUUAAGUUUGUGAGACUGAAACGAUUUUAAAUUAUUUUAAAUGUAUAAAUAAUGUAUUUUUUUUAAAUUUGUGUAUGGAAUUGAUAUUAUAAUGUUGUGUUCCAAUUAAUAAAUAAAAAUCUAACGUAAGAGAA